CUUCUAGUAAAACAUGGUGGAGAUUUGUUUGCAGAAAAUGAAAAUAAAGAUACCCCAUGUGACUGUGCAGAGAAACAACACCACAAAGAGCUGGCUCUUAACCUGGAAUCUCGAAUGGUAUUUUCACGUGAUCCUGAAGCUGAAAGCAUUGAAGCUGAAUAUGCAGCUUUAGACAAAAAAGAGCCAUAUGAGGGGCUAAGACUUCAGGACCUGCGAAGGCUUAAGGAUAUGCUCAUCGUGGAAUCUGCUGACAUGCUCCAAGCCCCGCUCUUUACUGCAGAAGCUCUACUUCGGGCACAUGACUGGGACAGGGAGAAGUUACUUGAAGCAUGGAUGUCUAAUCCGGAGAACUGCUGCCAGCGUUCAGGGGUUCAGAUGCCAACUCCCCCUCCAAGUGGAUACAAUGCGUGGGAUACACUCCCUUCUCCACGAACUCCACGCACUACUCGCUCAUCUGUAACUUCCCCUGAUGAAAUCAGCCCCUCGCCAGGAGACAUUGAGACAACUGUGUGUGACAUUUGUAUGUGUAAUAUUUCUGUGUUUGAAGACCCAGUGGAUAUGCCUUGUGGACAUGACUUCUGCAGGGCAUGCUGGGAGGCAUUUUUGAAUCUGAAAAUUCAGGAGGGUGAAGCUCACAACAUUUUUUGCCCAGCAUAUGAUUGUUUCCAGCUUGUGCCUGUAGACAUCAUAGAAAGUGUGGUUUCCAAGGAGAUGGACAAAAGAUACCUUCAAUUUGACAUUAAGGCCUUUGUUGAAAAUAAUCCUGCUAUUAAAUGGUGUCCAAUACCAGGCUGUGAAAGAGCAGUAAGGCUAACGAGACAAGGAUCAAAUUCAACAGGAUCAGACACACUUAGCUUUCCUAUGCUAAAAGCACCUGCUGUAGAUUGUGGAAAAGGACAUCUUUUCUGCUGGGAAUGUCUUGGUGAAGCACAUGAACCUUGUGACUGCCAAACCUGGAAGGACUGGCUACAGAAAAUAUCUGAAAUGAAACCGGAAGAACUUGUGGGAGUGAGUGAGGCAUAUGAAGAUGCUGCCAACUGCCUGUGGUUACUAACAAACUCCAAACCAUGCGCCAACUGCAAAUCUCCAAUUCAGAAGAAUGAGGGCUGCAACCACAUGCAAUGUGCAAAGUGCAAAUAUGACUUUUGCUGGAUAUGCUUAGAAGAAUGGAAGAAGCACAGCUCUUCCACUGGAGGCUACUACAGAUGCACUCGCUAUGAGGUUAUUCAACAUGUAGAGGAACAGUCCAAGGAGAUGACAGUAGAGGCUGAAAAGAAGCAUAGAAGAUUUCAAGAGCUUGAUAGGUUUAUGCACUAUUACACAAGAUUUAAGAACCAUGAACUUAGCUACCAGUUAGAACAGCGCCUUCUAAAAACAGCCAAAGAAAAGAUGGAGCAGUUGAGUAGAGCUCUCAGUGGAACUGAGGGAGGCUGUCCUGAUACCACAUUCAUUGAAGAUGCAGUGCAAGAGCUUCUAAAAACUCGCCGCAUUCUUAAGUGUUCUUAUCCAUAUGGAUUCUUUUUGGAGCCUAAAAGCACAAAGAAAGAAAUAUUUGAACUUAUGCAGACAGACCUAGAAAUGGUCACCGAAGACCUUGCACAGAAAGUGAACAGGCCUUACCUUCGGACUCCUCGCCAUAAAAUCAUCCGUGCAGCUUGUCUUGUGCAGCAAAAGCGGCAAGAGUUCCUGGCCUCUGUGGCCCGUGGUGUUGCUCCUGCAGACUCGCCAGAAGCUCCCAGGCGCAGCUUUGCUGGUGGAACAUGGGAUUGGGAAUAUUUAGGAUUUGCAUCCCCCGAGGAAUAUGCUGAAUUUCAGUAUCGGAGGAGGCACAGACAGCGUCGACGUGGAGACAUGCACAGUCUGCUGAGUAAUACUCCAGAUCCUGAUGACCCCAGUGAGAGUACAUUAGACACUCAGGAAGGUGGCAGUAGUAGAAGACAUGGCACCUCCAUGGUGAGUUCAGCUUCUAUGGGUAUUCUGCGCAGCUCUUCGCUUCAUGACUAUACCCCUGUCAGUCGCUCUGAAAACCAGGAUUCUCUUCAGGCUCUGAGUUCUCUGGAUGAAGAUGACCCAAACAUCCUACUAGCUAUUCAGUUAUCAUUACAAGAAUCUGGCUUGGCCAUAGAUGAAGAAACUAGAGACUUUCUAAAUAAUGAGGCAUCUUUAGGAGCAAUAGGUACCUCUUUGCCUACAAGACUGGACUCUGCUCCGAUAAGUAUAGAUAAUCCAAGAGGCGCGUUAAGCAGUUCUGAGCUGUUAGAACUUGGUGACAGUCUGAUGAGACUAGGCACAGGCAAUGAUCCCUUUUCAGCUGAUCAUCUUCAUUCACACCCCUGCAGCGAUACAAGAAGUGGAUUAUACUCAACAUCUAGUGACGCUGAUUCCAGCAGUCAAGAUCCCAACACCAAUGAAAAUCUACUUGGAAAUAUUAUGGCCUGGUUUCAUGACAUGAACCCACAGAGUAUUGCUCUGAUCCCCUCAACAAGUACAGAAACGGAUGAGGAUUCACAGCAACCCAGUACUGAAGAUGGGUCAGCAGGGCAACCAAAUCUUACAGACACAGGGCUGGAGCCUCAGGAAAAGCAUGCACUGUUUGAGGAUGCACUCAAAAAUGAAGGCAGAGGAACCCAAACAGAGGAAGGCCCUUCUGAAGAAACCGUUAUUCCAGGUGAAACAGUAUCACAAAGUGGCGAUAAUAAUAGGGAGGUAACAAGCACCCUGGCUGCUUCAGGAGAUACUUCAAGUCAGACUCCUCAAACCUCAAGUGAGUGGAUUGAACAUGUGCAUCUGGUAUGAAUAAAAACAAAAUCUGGAGUAAAUGAAUGGCAGUGACAGAUCGUACAGUGUGUGGAGUAAGCAUUACGGAGGCUUUGAUCCACCUAAUUACAGCUCAGUUCUAACCACUGAUGAAACAACAGAUAUUUAGGAGUUCUCUUGAAUUGUAGUUCUUUAUAAUAAUGUGAACCUUUCAAGGAAUAUCCUUUGCAUUUAAUUAGGUAGUCCUUGCCUUUUUGCUCUCAAGAAAGAGGAAUAAGUAGGUUGUAUUCGACAUUCCUAAUACAAUGCAGCAUCUGUUUAGCCUUAGGUUGAUGAUCCUUAACUUGAAAGUACAGAUUAAAGGCUUACACUGAUUAUUUUGGUUGGUUUUCCUAAGAAAUAGUUUAUUCCAUUUUUUAGAACUCAUUCUUUCACCAAAAUAACAUUUAGCAAUUCAUUUGCAUUUUGUUUUUGUUUUCCGUAACUUUUCCUUACUCAUUGUUCAUUUUUGUUAGCAGUGUGAACGGAGGUAUUUAUGCUUCUCUUUAGUACUGCUCCAGGAACAAGUUUUAGGGGAUAUUCUUUCCCACUAAAAUCAAAGAUUUUUUCAUGUCUAUUUACAGUCCAGAUGUGCCAAACUGUGAAUAGUUAGCUGGCGGUAGCCUAACGAAACAGUGCAGUGUUACUCUAUCAAACUAAUCCUACAAUUCUUAGCAGUGAAAGAAACCACUGGGUAGCAUUGCUUCUCUAAAUUUAACUGGCAUAUGUUGCCAUGGUGACUGCAUUUAAUUAAAUGUAGCCUGUAUCUUAAGUUAAUAAAACCUAAUGCUGCUGUUAAACAGUUAUUUUAAAUAUUAAAAUACAGUGAGUUAGCAACAGCUAUGCUGUAUUUUAAGAGACACUUUAAUGGAAGUGCAAUCAUAGUUCUUUGUUUUCAUAAUUCUACAAAGCAUUCUAUGCACUAGUGGUGCAAUUACUUUUAAUAACAUUUUAUAAAAACAUAGGAAUACAGAAUUUUCAUAUAUUAGCCGGUCCCACAAUUAAAGUUCAGAUAACACAUUCUGUUCAACAUGUUACGGUGCCUUUGCCUAACCCAACUGGAUAGUUGCCACAGUUAAACAAGUAAUUCAAAUUCAGUGUCUGUUCUGGAGUAAUUAUGCUAUUAAUUGCAAAGACCUCCAUAAAACCACCCAUGGCCUUGCCUUUACAGUAAAUAAAUAAAUGUUCAGUCAGUGUUUUUGCAUAAACAAAACACUGCUAGGUAUUUGUUCAAUUGCACAAUUUUCAUUUGCUGUGUGAUUACUGUUUAGUGUAAAAAAAAAUUUAAAAAAAAA